AUGUCUGCAGGACAUGCCAGCCAACAAUCGGAGAAUCGCGGCGCUGCGAUCGCCAUAACGGUGCUGGCAGUUGCGUUUGUCGCUCUGCGCUUCGUCGCACGAUACAUCCGCGGCACUUCCUACGGGACUGACGAUUAUAUACUUGUGAUAGCUCUGCUUUUUGCCUUCGCGGUCUUGGGUAUCAACCUAGCAAUGGUUCAACACGGCUUGGGGCUUCAUAAGGAUGAUCUCCCACCGCAGAACCUCGAGACCCUCAGCAAGCUCCUAAUCAGCAUGGAGUGUGUCUACUGCACGACCGUGGGCAUAAUCAAGCUGUCCAUUCUGGCCAUGUACCGACGCAUCUUCAUCGACAAGGUGACACGCGCGGCAACGCUGGUGCUUGGGGCCGUCACCAUCUCCUGGGUCAUUGCCAUCAUCUUCGUCUCGAUCUUCCAGUGUACUCCCAUCGCCAAGACAUGGAAUCCCGCGCUUCCGGGUCAUUGCAUCAACCUGAAGGGCUCGUUUAUCGGCAAUGCGGUUCCGAACAUCAUGACCGACAUCGCCAUUCUCAGUCUGCCGGCUCGGCAGGUGUGGAGGCUACACGCGUCGCUCACCCAUCGGCUCGCCGUCAUCGGUAUUUUCCUGUUGGGCAGCUUCGUCGUCUUCGCGAGCAUCUACCGAUUCGUCACGCUGUUCAGGUUCCAGCCCAGCGAUAUGAGCUGGACCCUCUCCGAAACCAAUGCAUGGUGCGUGAUCGAAGUCGGCUCCGGCAUCAUCUCCGCAUGUCUCCCAACCCUGCGGCCGCUCCUGAAACUGGUCUCGGACCGCUUCAAUACGUCCCACGCCAGCCGGUCGCGAAGCCAGGGCCGGACGGGCAACAGCGCAUUCGAGUCGCGGCCCCCGCGGUCGGGGCGGCGAUACUGGCCGGAGGAAUCAACGACGCACCUGGCCUGCAAGUCCGGUGACGAGUUGCCCCUAAGUAGCAUCCUGGCGACGCGAGCCUUCUCUGUUCACUCGACACAUUCACCGAAUUGUUGA